AUGGGGAACGUACAGUCGGAGCCGUCCGCGGGCGGGGGCUCCCGAAAAGAGCAGGCCUCAGACCGCGCCUCUGAUUCCCGCCGGACGUCCCUGGUGGAGCCCGAGGUGACCCCUUCCUCCCCAGCCAUGCGCCUGGCUCGAGGGCUGGGCGUCUGGUUCCCGGGCACCUCCGCGCCCCCGGUACUCCUGGUACCCCCAGAACCCCAGGCCUCACCCUCGCCCCUGCCCCUGACCUUAGAACUGCCCUCGCCAGUGACGCCCCCUCCAGAGGAGGCGGUUGCGGCCACGGUCACCACACCACCCCCGCCCCCCGUGGGGACCCUGUUGCCCGCGCCGUCUAAGUGGCGAAAACCCACGGGUACCGCGGUUUCCCGGAUCCGCGGCCUGCUGGAGGCGAGCCAUCGCGGCCAAGGCGACCCUCCGAACCUCCGCCCGCUGCCUCCGCUGCCCCGGCAACUAACGGAAAAGGACCCAGUCCCGAGGGCCUCAGCCCCACCUCCGACGCCCCUGGAGCCUCGGAAGCCACCGCCGCCGACGCUGACACAGCCACCACCACCGCCACCGCCGCCGUCGCCGCCGCAGCAGCCCUCGAGCCGCAGGAUCGCUCCAGCUCUGGCCGCAUCCGCCACCAGCACCCCCGAAAGCCAGGCCAGGGCCUGCCCCGAAGCCCCGACGGCUGGCGGAGCGCGCGGAGGGGCGGCUUCCCAAGGGGGAGAUGACAUGGCUCGGCCCGCGGCUUCAGAACCAGGCCUGAGCCUGCUGUGUAAAGUCACCUUCAAGUCGGGCCCCACCUUGUCUCCUGCGGCACCCCCGGGUCCCCUGGCCACCAAACCCUCCCUCGGGGCCGGCGGGGCCAGCGGCGGGGCCGGCGGACUCUUCGCUGCCUCGUAUGCCGAGGUCCUGAAGCAGGGGGCUCUGGCCCCCGGAGCCCCCCGGACCCCCGGGGAACCUCCUCGAGGGGUUCAGGAAACCGAGGGCGGCGAUGGAGACUGCGAAGGGUGCCCUGGUCCCCCUUCGGUGCCUGCGUCCCAGGCCCGGGCCCCACAGCCGCCCCCCUACACCACCUUCCCAGGCUCUAAACCCAAAUUCGACUGGGUGAGCCCCCCAGAUGGCCCUGAGCGCCACUUCCGCUUCAACGGGGCCGGCGGAGGCAUCGGGGUGCCCCGACGGCGCGCUGCCGCGCUCUCGGGGCCCUGGGGCUCCCCUCCGCCCCCACCUGGGCAGACGCACCCGGCCCCGGGGCCCCGGAGACCUGCACCUGCGCUGCUGGCGCCGCCCAUGUUCAUCCCCGUGGCCACUGAACCUUUGGCGCCCGCGCCCGCGCCCGCCAAGGUUCGUACGCGCAGGAACAAGGGCUCCCGCGCAGCCCGAGGCGCAGCCCGCGAAGACGGCACACCUGGAGACCGGGCCUCCACCAUGGACGGCAGCAGCGGGGCCUCUUCAGGGGCAGGUAACAAAGGCGCUGUGCACCACUGGCCGCCCUUCCAGGUGCUCAACUCUUGUCCUUGCAAGUGUUACUGCCGCCACCAGCCCCGCCAUCGCCGCCUGCCGCGCAACGUGUCUGCUUGGCUGAGGACACCCACCAACCACCUGAGUGAGCCACCUUGGGUCGCCACCAUCAAGCUGGCCGGCUCGCUGGUAGCUGGGUUGGAGCACUACGACUUGCAGACCACCCAUUCCAACUGA